CUGAUGCGCGCAGGAAGCGUGGAGGUUAUUGCAAGGCUGGCGUCCGCUUCUACCCCGAGCAGCUAUUGAAAAAGGAGCUGAAAUGUUGCCAACUUUUGCUCAGCUGGCUACAGAAUUGUAGGGGUGGGGCUUGGUACAUUCCCUCAUUGGGCCAGCCUUGGCCUUAAGACGGCAUCCGACAGAAGAGGAAGGAAAGCGAUCCUUCGGCCAUGUUGGAGGCUGCCUUGGCUCACGCAUCGAAGACGGACGAGACGGACUUGGCUGGCCUGAUGGGAGGGAGGUGCCCUGAUGCUCUCCAGGCUGCCAACGACCAGGAAUUCUGAGAAAACUAUGCAAAAGGGUAUGGGUGAAAAGGAUACCCUCCGGUUAGAUGUAGAGCUUUUGCGAGUCCUGCUACCAGGACACUGAGCAGCCCCGAGAGGUUUGCAGUCGACUCUUACCAUCUCUGCAGCUGUUGGCUAAAACCAGAGCAGCACACAAAAAAUCAGAUCUUGGACUUGGUGAUCUUGGAAUGGUUCCUGGCUGUCCCUCCCCCAGAGAUGGUGAGCUGGGUGAGGGAAUGUGGACUGGAGACUAGUUCCCAGGGUGUGGGCCUGGCGGAAUGUUUCCUCCUGAGCCGGGCAGAGGACGAGAAGCGGGAAGAGCAGCAGGGCUCAAGAUCCUCCUUCAGUCGGCCAAUCUUGGCCUAAGAGAGCAUCUGAUAGAAGGGGAAGGUGAUCCUUUGAUCACCUUGGAUCUUGAAUUGAAGGUGGAAGUGCAGGACGUGGGUGACCUGAUUGCAGGGAGGUGCCUUGAUGCCACCCAGGCUGCAGUCAGGGAUGAAUUCUGGGAAAGGACCGUGCAGAUCCUGACAGGACAUCCUCAGCUUCAGUGAACAGUACCAGUUUUUCAGGCAAUGCUGCUACCAGGAAGCCAAAGGGCCCAGAGACGUUUUCAACCAACUUUGCAAUCUCUGCCAUCAGUGGCUGAAGCCAGAGUGACACACAAAGGCUCAGAUCCUGGACCUGGUGAUCCUGGAGCAGUUUCUGGCUGUCCUUCCCCCGGAGAUGGAGAGCUGGGUCAGAGAAUAUGGAGCGGAGACCACUUCCCAGGCGGUGGCCCUGGCCGAAGGUUUCUGCCUGAGCUGGGCAGAGGAGAAGCAGCAGGAAGAGCGGCAGCGGGACCUAUUUGCAGAAGUGGCUGCUGAUAUCCAUGAGGCAAAGAAGGUUUCACUGAUGCAGGAAAUACCUUUUCUUUGUGCUGGAGUAACAACAGCUGGGCACCUGGAUCAGGAUCUGGUGACCUUCGAAGAUGUGGCUGUGCAUUUCACUGAGGAGGAGUGGGUUCUGCUCAAUCCGGAACAAAGGGCACUGCACAAGGAAGUCAUGGAGGAAGUUCGGGGGACUGUAGCCACUCUGGGAGGCGAAAGAGCCAGAUGUAAAGACGGGGAAACAAAGAACAAAAACUGAUGCAAAACAGAAGAGGAGGGACAAAUCCUCAUCAUCUCGAGGUUGUGAUGUCUUUGCAUUCCCAAUCCAAGAGAAAGUAGAUAAGGGAAAGGUGUCAGUGCCCUGUGGGUGAGGACAGCUUCCUCUGUCAAUCAAGCCUUGAUCUUCAGAAGAGAAGUCACGCAGGGGCAAAUAUUUUUAGAGUGCUCUGAAAGUCAAACUUGAGGGAGACAAACACACUUCACCAGGGAGGGCAUUCCACAAGUGGGGAACUGCCACUGAACAAGCUGUGUUGCGGGUCAACACCAACUACUACGCAGCCUCCAGUAGCAGCACCACCAACAUGGUCUUGCCUGCUGAUCAUAGGGUCUGAGAUGGGGAAGACACCCCCCAGGAUAUAGGGAUCACAGGGGCGAUAGUGGGGAAGGGACAAUUUUAGGUCCUUGAGCCAAAAGCCAUUUAUGGCUUUAUAUGCUAGAAUGAACCCCUUAAAUCUGGCCCAGUAGCUCAGUGGCUGCCAGUGCAACGCUUUCAGGAUCAGUGACCCAAGGUCCCAUUGGGCUGCCCCAUUUACAAGCCUAGCAGCUGCAUUCAAGGCAGCCCCACUUACAGUGAAUUACAGAAGUCCAGGCAGGAGAUCACCAAAGCAUGGUCAACUGAGGCCUGGCUGUCCUGGUCUAGAAGUGGCCAUAGCUGGCAAAUCAGCCUAAGCUGGGGCAUAAGAACUAGCCACAGAAGCCACUUGAGACUAGUGAUGAGUUGGAAUCCAGGAGUACUUCCAGAAUACUGUUCCUUCAGGGGGAGCGCAACCCCUACUAGCACAGGUGAUGCCCAGACAUGGAAAGUGCCCACCCACAGCACUUCCGUCUUAUCAGGACUCAGCCUCAGUUUAUUGGUCCCCAUCCAGUCCGUUACGGCGUGUAGACACCUGUCCCAACACCUUCACAGCCUCUCCUGAUUCCAGUGGAAUGGAGAGAUAAGAGUUGUGUGUCGUCAGCGUACUGCAUCAGUGGCAUCUAACAAAUUAAAUUAAAAUUAAAAAUUAUUUUUUUUAAAAAAAAUUAAAAAUCUGUCACGUGACAGAUUUAAAAAAAAUUACAAAUUGAAAAAAAAAGUCACAUGAUAAUGGUUGGAAAUGUGAUGAACCCCAGCCUGAUGACUCACGUUAUCUUUUGGACUGUAGUAAAAUUAAGAAUUUCUGGAAUCAUGUCUUAGACAACAUCAGACAAACAACCAGGUAUGAGAUCCCAAAGAACCUGUUAUAUAUACUUUUAAAUUAUUUAGAAGACUAUGUUGAGAACAUGGACAUUAAAAUGGUCACUAUUUUGUUAACAGCAGCUAGAAUGUCAGUUUUGACUUACUGGGAAAAAAACAAUUCCCUUUCCCUUGCCAGAGUGUUUUUUUUAAGGAUUUGGUACUUGGCAACAAUGCACUUAUGUUAGAGCAAGAGAAAAGAUACUAUAUGAAAAUGAGUUUUUUUUAAAAAUGGGUAACUUUUAUUUUGGAAAGAGAAAGCUGGGGAUGACA